CCAGAGCCGCAGGCCCGCGCCCUCCCGCUCGCUUCCGGCCAGCACUCGGCCCCGCUCCCGGGCCUGCCCCGCACGCCGCCAUGGAGCGCAUCGAGGGGGUGGCGGUGGGCCCCUGCGCCGCCUCGCCCUACCUGCGGCCGCUCACGCUGCACUACCGCCAGAACGGCACCCAGAAGUCAUGGGACUUCAUGAAGACCCAUGACAGCGUGGCCAUUCUCAUGUUCAACGCUUCUCAGAGGAGCCUGGUGUUGGUGAAGCAGUUCCGGCCAGCCGUGUAUGCGGGCGAAGUGGAACGCCGCUUCCCAGGGUCGCUGGCGGCGGUGGGCCAGGACGGGCCUCGGCAGCUGCAGCCGGCACUGCCGGGCUCGGCGGGGGUGACAUUCGAGCUCUGUGCCGGCCUCGUGGACCAGCCGGGGCUCUCCCUGGAGGAAGUGGCUUGCAAGGAGGCCUGGGAGGAGUGUGGCUACCGCGUGGCCCCCUCUGAUCUGCGGCAGGUGGCCACGUACCGGUCUGGAGUGGGACUGACUGGCUCCAGACAGACCAUGUUCUACGCAGAGGUGACGGAUGCCCAGCGCUGUGGGCAGGGCGGGGGCCUGGCGGAGGAGGGUGAGCUCAUCGAGGUCGUGCACCUGCCCCUGGGUGGCGCCCAGGCCUUCGCGGAUGACCCGGACAUCCCCAAGACCCUCGGAGUCAUCUUCGGCAUCUCUUGGUUCCGCAGCCAGGUGGCCCCCUGCCUGGGUCCCCAGUGAGACUCGGCCACUCGCUCCCCACCCUGCAGACCCAAUAAAGCCUCAUACGGCUCCA